AAAAAUCCAAAGCAAGAAUACACGUAGUAUUUCCAACUUCAUUUUGAUAUUACUCUAUAAUAGAUAAUUUUCUGCAAAAAUGGAGAAUACCACCACAAAUGGGCAUCUCAACAAUGCAUUGCUUAUCAACAAAGGGCAUCUCAACAAUGGCCUGCACAGCAUACCAAAACCAAAACCCUCAUUAGCACCCACACUAGGCCACCACCUAGCACGCCGACUGGUUCAAGUUGGCGUCUCAGACGUAUUCUCAGUUCCCGGAGACUCCAAUCUGACCCUUCUGGAUUACUUCAUCGGAGAACCAGGGCUGAACCUGGUGGGGUGCUGCAGUGAGCUGAAUGCAGGGUAUGCAGCUGAUGGGUACGCGAGGGCAAAGGGUGUGAGUGCAUGUGCUGUUACCUUCACAGUUGGUGGUCUCAGCAUUCUGAAUGCUAUAGCUGGUGCUUACAGUCAAGAUUUAGCAGUAAUUUGUAUCGUUGGAGGUCCUAAUUCUAAUGAUUAUGGUGCUAAAACAAUUCUUCACCACACCAUCGGAUUGUCGGAUUUCUCCCAGGAGCUUCAGUGCUUUCGGGCAGUCACUUGCCAUCAAGCCGUAAUCAAUGAUUUGGACAACGCCCAAGAACAGAUUGAUAGAGCAAUUACAGCAUGUUUAGAAGAAAAAAAGCCUGUUUAUAUCAGCAUUAGCUGUAAUUUGGCGUCCAUCCCUCAUCCCACUUUCGUUCAGGAUCCUAUUCCACUCGUCUUCUCUUCCAAGAUGAGUAACCACAUGGCCCUGGAAGUAGCAGUGGAGGCAGCUGCAGAAAUCCUGAAUAAGGCAGUCAAGCCUGUUCUGGUUGCUGGACCAAAACUCCGAGUUGCUAAAGCCCGCAAUGCCUUCAUAGAGUUAGCAGAUUCUUGUGGCUAUGCAAUUGCAGUCAUGCCAGCUGCAAAAGGCCUUGUGCCAGAGAACUUUCCUUGCUUCAUUGGGACUUAUUGGGGCGCCGCAAGCACCCUUUACAGUGCUGAGAUUGUGGAAACUGCUGAUGCUUCACUCUUUGCAGGACCAAUUUUUGAUGAUUUGAGCAGUGUUGGCCAUUCAUUGGUUUUCAAUAAGAGGGCGGCUAUUAUUGCAGAACCUGAACGAGUAAUAAUUCCAAACAUGCCUGUAUUUUGGCGCGUACCAUUGAAGAACUUCCUUGAAAAACUAGCAAAAAGACUCGAUCACAACACUAGUGCAUAUGAGAACUACCAGCGGAUUUGUGUUCCAGAGGCACUUCCUCUGCAAUCUGAGCCCAGUGAGGACCUGAAGACUAAUAUUAUGUUCGGGCACAUGCAGAAGAUGUUGUUGGGUGACAUGGUUCUGUUGGCUGAUGCAGGCGAUGCAUGGUUCCAAUGCCAGAAACUGAAACUGCCAGAGGGUUGUGGGUAUGAGACACAGCUGCUGUAUGCAUCAAUUGGUUGGUCAAUAGGUGCAACUCUUGGGUUUGCACAGGCUGAACCAGACAAGAGAGUUAUAGCUGUUAUAGGAGAUGGAAGCUUCCAGAUGGCCCCACAAGAAGUGUCCACAAUGCUUAGAUGGGGACACAACAGCAUCAUAUUCUUGAUAAACAAUGGUGGAUACACAAUAGAAGUUGAGAUUCACGACGGUCCCUACAACGUGAUCAAGAACUGGAGCUACGCUGGGUUAGUUAAUACAAUACAGAAUGGGGAAGGCAACUGUUGGACUACCAAGGUUCGUUGCGAGAAGGAACUAAUUGCAGCAAUUGAAACAGCUAUGGGUGAUAAGAAGAACUGCUUGUGCUUUAUAGAGGUGAUAGUUCACAGGGAUGAUACUAGCAAAGAGCUGCUUCAGUUUGUUUGCAGGCUUGCUGCUGGCAAUAGUCGACCUCCCAACUCUCGUUAGCGUCUGCUUAUUCUGAAGGAAGAGAUGCUAAUUCAGUUUGUGUGGACACUACCAUAAAUGAUGUCUACUUAAUCAGUAAUUUCCCUUUUAAAUAUUAUUUUUGGCUUAUAAAAUUAUAAAUAAUGUCCUUUUAAUCAUAAAUUAUAAUUUAGUGAUACGCUAUAAAAUUAAUGCUCCAUUUUAUCUUGCAGAAUAAAA